UCUUUCUAUCUCUUAAUUAGAGUCCUAGUUUUAACAUAUUGUUACUCAUCAUUUGGGAAGAUCGGAACUUGUUUAGUGUUCAUUGUUUUGUAACUUUGUCAAUGAUAUAAUCCAAUCUUGAUAGAAAUCCCAUCCUGUAUAUAAUCCCAUCGGAAAGACACUAUACCAUCAUCUAUUUUAUAGGUGAUUGCUGAAUUUGGCCUGUUAAAAAGCCCCAUGGGCUCAUGACAAUGAGAGUCAAGACCAGGGAUUAAGAUCUCAUUUGAGACUACAUUUUCUGAUACAGUACCAUUGUAAAUAUAGAAGUAAUUACAUUUUGCACUGCUUUUCUAUUUGAUUUGACAUACUAGUUAAGUCACCUAAAAUGUUCCCUUUUAUCUUUAACAGUGAGAUGAAAAAUAAGGAUGUCAGAAUUCUAGAAGUUUUGGGGUAAGAUCAUUUGUGUUACUGACAUUAUAAACAAACAACUGAUUUUUUAAUACUUAUUUUUGUGAACCCCUAACCCUCCACAACCUCUCCUGAUGCUACCAUUUAGUAUUAACACAGUAUUAACUUUGAACCCCCUCUGAAGGUUGUGUCAGCAGGACCCUGUUAAUUUCAGGCGGGAAAACUGUAGUUGUAGGACCCGGGACAUGCUGUCCCCACAGGGGUGAGACUCUUCUUUGGUCUACUCUAAUAUAAUAAUCUCACCCUCUUGGCAAAACUCACCAACUGCAUGUCAUUUUGAAAGCAGUACGCUAUUUUACAACAUCAUUUUUUGCAUGGUCUUUUCAGACUCCUGUAUAAGCAGCCCAGUGUGUUAAAGGGGUAAGUUAUUAUUCAUGUAUUAUUGUUAGUAGUAGACAUAGUAUCAGUAGGAGAAGGUGCAUUGGGAAAUACAGGAAAUGGAGUCACUAUGAAAGAGUUGCUUAUGAUGCACUGAAUAUCUCUGGGUGUUCACAAGCUUUGACCAUAUCUUUUGUUUUUUUCAGGCGCACCAAUGUGGUAGCUGUUACCCCUUGGUUGGCACCUAUUGUUUGGGAAGGCACUUUUAAUCCCUUGGUUGUUGACAGCAUUUACAAGCCUAUGCACCUCAGCAUCGCCACAACCGUCUUUGCUGUUGGCAAGUAAGUAGUCUCACACACAUCAGUCGUCCCCACCAGGAUGUCUGGUAGCACUGAGCCUCAAAUGUAGAGUAGCAUUCGUAGUCGAUCACCAAACAUUUCUGUAAAAAACAACAAUGAUAAAGCCUUGCAUUCCUAUUUUUUCUUCCUGUUGUGUUCCCAUUUUGAACCAUUUCUUGUGUCUGAAGGUAGAACUCUGUAUACCCGACAGGCCCAGAGAGCAAAUCAAGUGCACGUAUAGGUCUACCGCUGGCCAAUCAGAUAGCUCAGCUCACCGUGUCUGCACGGUUUCCUCGAGCCAUAGGCUGUAUAAAGAAGCCUCGAGCACACAGCAAAGUUGAUACUGUCACAUUUCUAAACUUGUAAAGCCAUGACUAGAGAGACUCAAGGGCACAUCAACAAAUGUUCCACCUAGUCUGCUCAGGGAUUUGAACCAGCAACCUUUCAACUACUGGCCCAAUGCUCUUAACCACUAGGCUACUAUGAGUAACAACAUACAUUGGUGCAUGAGGCAGAAAUAAUGCAGUGCAACUUGAGUUUUGCCAUAAGCUGGAAGAAUGUCCCCUUUUCUCAGCGGAGAGAGGGAGAGCGGAGGGACGGUGAGUCGGGUGAGAGGCAGCCUCACAGCUGCUACCUCCCUCCCUCCCCUCAGACUGGCCCCAUCAGAUGCAGACCAUCAGUCCAGUAAAAUAAAAUAAAAAGCAAAUUAUUAUGCUCACUCAGCUGUGCCUCACAAGUAAUACAACAAAUGGUCAGUGUGAUCAUAUACCUAAAACUUUGAAACAUAAUUUCAAAAUGGUCUGAGAAGAACAACAUUGGAAUGGCAAUUCAAGCAUAGCCAAAAUGCAGUGAUGAUAAUGUAUUGGGCCUAUAGCCUAUUGCACAAACCUCAUUGCUACCGAACUGGUUUUAAUAGGUUAAUGUUGCAGAGGCAUAGCCGUAGGAAGUAGGGGUGCUGAGGGUGCUGCAGCACCCCCUGAUAAAUUGAAAAACAUCUUCCUGUGGCCAUGUGCAUAGGCUUCUGUUUUUUAAGUAAUGUUAAAAACAAAUCUGAGCGGUAGAUCUCGGCUUGAUGCAGUCAAGACAGGUACUAUGUAAUUAUAUUGGAUGAUUUUAAACCUAGCUAUGGCAGCUAUUAGUCUACUAUAGCGCGAGUCAGCUUGGUUGGUUGCUGUCUCUCGUCUCUCCCUCCCUCCUCCAUGUUCCCCGUGUCACUCACUCACACUCACAGUAGCCUACACAUAGAGCAUGGCCCCUGCUAGACCGUCACCUCUCUUUACCUUUCUCUACCUCUUGGGUACAUGAAAACAAAUGUCACAUGGACAUGUGCAAGAGUGACUGGUACAAAUAGGUUCGAACUUAGUUCGCACUUGCUCUGGUUACCUGAGAAGAAAAAAAAAAGAAAAAAUACAACCCACACAUCUUUUGUUGUUAAAUAUUCCACACUGAAAGUUCCACGCUUUUGAUUGCCAACCUUUGAGUGCCUUAGUCUCCACUACACCCUUUUCCCCAAACUAGUGAGUCUCAGUCUCAGCAGGCCUAACUCAAAGUUUGAAAAUAUCUUGAUUUAGAUUAUACAUUAUGUCAUAAUUACAGAAAAUUGAGUUAUCCUCUUGCCAUAUGAGACAGGCACCUGAAACCUACUUGGUUCUCCUUGUAUGUUAGGUAUGUGCGCUUCCUGCGUGACUUCCUGGAGACUGCCGAGAAGCAUUUCAUGGUGGAUUUCAAAGUGCAUUACUACAUCUUCACUGACCGGAGGGAAGACGUGCUGGCAGGAGAUCUCCUCCAGGAGGAUGGAGAUGAUCCAAACCACCAUCGCGAACCAGAUAAGCAAGGAGGCGGACUACAUCUUCUGCUUGGAUGUGGACACAAAGUUCUACGGCCGGUGGGGGGCAGAAACACUGAGCAGGCUGGUGGCCGCACUUCACCCGGGCUACUAUGAGCAGACCCACGAGCACUACCCUUACGAGCGCUGUCCUGCCUCGCGGGCCUACAUCCCCGCGGGGGAAGGAGACUACUACUAUGGAGGCGCCACCAUCGCUGGCUAUGUGGGGGACGUGCACAAGCUGGCAAAGUACUGCCGUGAGCAGCUGGAGGCCGAUGCCGCCAACUCCAUCGAGGCGGCACGGCAGGAGGAAAGCCACCUGAACAGAUAUCUCCUUUACAACAAGCCCACUAAGAUUCUGUCUCCAGAAUACCUGUGGCAGGACUUCAAGGCCAAGACCAACGUGGUGCAAAUAAUCCGCUUUUCUCAGGUCAACAAGAACUAUGCAGAGGUUCGGACUAAUGUAAAGAAAAGAAAG